ACUUUUAUCCCCGUUUUUUUUUCUUUUUUUGUAAGUUCUCUUUAUUUUAUCCCAGGUUUGAAUCUUUCACGGACGAGCCGCAGGCGGACCCGCUGCCGGUGUCUUCGUUUCCAGCAGCAGCAGUUGUGUGCGUUAAAUGCUGGACGCACGGCGGAUUGACGGACAGCUUUUUGGGCUCAGUCCAACCUUCAUGCGGGCUUCGUCACACAUCAAGCAUCUCGUCCUGUUGUAAAAGGUUGGAGAUAUCAGCAAAACUUUGAUUUAAUUUCGCCCAACAAAACCCGGGGUUUUCACCGCCUUUCUCCGGUGCGCUUGGAUAGAAAACAAACGCACCCCGCGGACUCCGCUCGGCUGCAGCUGCUCCUUCAGGCACCAUGGAUGUAAGAUUUUAUCCGGCUGCUGGGGGAAAUUCUAUUCCGGGAGAUCCACCCAACCUGGAUUUUGCCCACUGCCUGGGCUACUACAACUUCAAUAAGUUCCAGAAUAACACCAACUACAUGAACAUGGCAGAGGCUAAUGGUGCCCUACUCGCUGCUGGUGAUACUUUUCACACACCAAGUUUGGGAGAUGAGGAGUUUGAGAUUCCUCCAAUUACACCUCCACCUGAGACUGAGUCUGGCCUGGGCCUGUCGGAAGUGGAUUCACCCUAUCCAGCAAUCCCAGAGCCCCAAAACCAGCACAGAGGUUCCUUAAUCCCUCAGUUUCCCCCUCAGAGCCUCGAUUUACCCUCCAUUACUAUCUCACGCAAUAUGAUGGACCAAGAGAGGGUGCACGUCAGCAAUAUCCAGCCUGUGAAUGUUGGGCAAGGCCAUGCUCAUCAGUACUCAUCCAAACCAGCUAUGGUGAUGAAAUCUAUCAUCAGUAUGAACAGCCCCAAUGGAAUGAUCUCCCGCAACCAGCUGACCACCAUCAACCAAUCCCAGCUCAAUGCACCAUUGAGUCUGAACAUGGCAGGAUCCAACAUUGCUCACACUUCACCAUCACCACCUGCUAGCAAAUCAGCCACACCGUCUCCCUCUAGCUCCAUCAAUGAAGAUGACCAAGAUGACGCAAACAGGGUUAUUGGCGAGAAGAGGCCAGCCCCGAUAGAUCCCACAAAGAAGCCCAAGACACCAAAGAAGAAGAAGAAGAAGGAUCCCAAUGAGCCCCAGAAGCCAGUGUCAGCCUAUGCCCUGUUCUUCAGAGACACACAGGCUGCCAUCAAAGGUCAGAAUCCCAAUGCCACCUUUGGAGAGGUGUCCAAGAUUGUGGCCUCCAUGUGGGAUGGUUUGGGAGAAGAACAGAAGCAGGUUUACAAAAGUAAAACAGAAGCUGCCAAAAAAGAGUAUUUAAAAGCCCUCGCUGCUUACCGUGCUAGCCUUGUUUCCAAGGCUGCAGCAGAAUCAGCUGAGGCCCAAACCAUUCGCUCAGUUCAGCAGACCCUGGCCUCCACCAGCUUAUCCCCAGGCCUUGUGUUGCCAUCACCUCUCACCCAGCACCCCGCUAUGCCAUCAGCAUCCCAGGCCCUCCAACAAGCUCUGCCACGGGCCAUUGCUCCAAAGCCUCUGCAGAUGAGACUCGGGGGCAACCAGAUCGUGACCUCGGUCACAGUCUCCCACCAGAAUAUGUCCUCUGGGUUGUCCCAGCAGCUGCUUGGGCAGAUGGGUGCCAGUAGUGCCAUGGUAGCAGGUGCCCAGACCACUGCAGUGUCUCAGAUGAGCCCACCCAUGCAACCUGCCAUGCAGCAGCUGCAGCAGCAGCAGCAACAGCUGCAGCAGCAACAGCAGCAGAUGCAGCAUCACCUUCAGCACCACCAGAUGCAGCAGCAGCAGAUGCAUCACCAGCAGAUUCAACAACAGAUGCAGCAUCAGCAUUUCCAGCAUCACCUCCAGCAACAGCUGCAGCAGCACCACAUGCAACAGCAGCAGCAGCAACAGCAAAUGCAGCUCCAGCAAAUGCAGCUGCAUCAAAUGCAUCAGCAGCAGAUUCAGCAUCUGCAGCAGCAGCAACAACAGCAGCAUCAGUCCCAGUGUUCCCCUCCCCAGCACUCCCCCAGCACUCCCCAUUCAGUGGGAGGCUCCGCAUCACUCGGCAGCCCCCAGCCUGCACCACAGCAGCAACCACACCCUUCCCAAAUUCAGGCCCAUGCCCAGGUCAGCAUUUACUGAGCCAAAUGGAAAUCCGAUCUCAAAGAACAGGAUUAGAAUAAAAGCAUCAUUCCAUGUUGCUUUUCUAAGUUGCACUUAAGAAGUGUGUAAGAUUUAGAAUGUUAUGUAACGAACUUGUCCAUUGUUAUAGACGUAUAUGCACACGCUUGUACAGGGGAGCCGGUUUUUGUCGAUGAAUUGGGCCGAGAUAUGACAGGAUCCUGUUAGGACGAGUGCCCAGUGAUCGUUUUUGUUGUUGGUGAAGUCUUUCAGUUGUCAAUUUCAAACUGAGUGGACACAUGAUGUGUUGAAAGAUUUGUCUUUCACUGUUUUAUUUAACAAUAAAGCUUUAUUUAUGAGGCCAGCAGAAGGACGUUUCAACAAAAGGAUUUCAACUGUUGUCUGAACUGAAUGACUCACAGGAGCUGUGCUGGAAACCAGUAACUCAUACGUCUGUCUUUGUUUCCACUCUGGCCAGUAUGUGGUGAGAUUUAGGGGGGGUUUUGUUGUUAUUUUUUUCUUUCUCCCAUCUUGCAGAUUUUACUGUGCAACAAUGGUGUGGCUGAAAUUGAUUAUAUUUCAUGUUUUUAAGGCCCAGUGUUGUUUGAACUUGUUCAAAACACAGCUGUCAUGAAGAAUAACAGGAACUGGAAGUGAUGUUGAUCUGUGGAAGAGUGACUGAAUGGCCCAAGACAGGAUGUGUCAUAAAUCAUUUAUGUCAUUGCAUCAUCAAUCCGUAGCUGUAAUCUGCUGUACAUGUUGUAGUGGGACAAGACAAGACCUCCUUUACCCAGUAAUCUACCCUCAAGAUCAUUUGCUCAAAAGUGUUUAACUAAGCACCCCUUCUAAAAAAAAAAACAAAAAAAAAAAACUUAAAUCUAUUUGUUUUUACCACAGAUGUUUAACAAUUAAAUUAUGUUUUUAUUUUGUGUAACAAAGGGGAUAUUUUAUGGUAAAUACAAAUUUCAGGAUCAAAGCAGAUGGUUUGGUGUAUUGAUGUAUUUUUAUUCUGCUCCUUGAUACCGAAAAAGUUUUAACAAAGGAAAAACUAGCAGAGCCAGUUUGUUGCACUGCCAAAGCUAAUAAAUGAAGAAGACAUUGGAGGUAUUUUUGCCAGCUGUACAGACAUCCCUGAAAAAAAUGUACAUUUUCAUAUCACCUGUUGUAAAGUUUUAAUAUGUGAGGCUUUAAUUAAAACAUUGUUAAACGACCUGUGGAUUGCUAUAUCACAUAGUGCGUUUUUGCUCUUUUACACUUUUUUUUAUGAGUUACAAUCAUAGCGAUGGAUUUUGUUUGUAUUUUGCUUAAAAAGCAACUGCUUUGAAGAACUGUCCAUACAAUAAAUUCAUAUCAGUGUG